AUGAAGAAAAUGAAGCCCCUUAAGACCAAGAUACCCAAAACCGCUGGCAUCCUGUCCCCAUGGAAAGGGCACCCACGGCACUCCACUCAGCUGCCGCGGCUGCCCUCACCUCACCGUAGGGAGAGGCAAAGCGGCACACGUUCUGAGGUUGUUCAGUUGGGAAUCACCGAACGUACUCCCACCCUGGCUUCAAGAGACAGGAAUACAGAAACUCCCCCCUCUUCUCCCCGAGGGUCCCAAAGGGAUCUUAAGUUGAAGGUGGGGGAUUCAGUGAGGCAUCUUCAUUGGAUAGCCAAAUCAUGUGGCGAACAAGCCAUUGGAAAAAUCUCCUUGCUUAUCAAGAAAGGUGCGCUUUCCAAUUUUAAUUCUGCAGAUAUGGCCAAAGAGGAUAAUGGGAAAGAAAAAUACAUCCAAAAUGGAAUCAAGUGCAGGCCAAUAAAGCAUCUGGACUUACCUCAGUCAUCUGGGAACCAGAGGAGGAACCAGCCCACGGAUAAAGCUGGACACACAGUGGAAAAAUCAGAGAAGAAGAAAAGAACCCAAGUUUAUGACGACAUUGCGGCGAUGGCGGCGGCGGCAGCAGCAGCGGGGGCUGCGGGCGGUCGGGGCUCCGGGCCGGGGCGGCGGCGCCAUCUUGUGCCCGGGGCCGGUGGGGAGGCCGGGGAGGGGGCCCCGGGGGGCGCAGGGGACUACGGGAACGGCCUGGAGUCUGAGGAACUGGAGCCUGAGGAGCUGCUGCUGGAGCCCGAGCCGGAGCCUGAGCCCGAAGAGGAGCCGCCCCGGCCCCGCGCCCCCCCGGGAGCUCCGGGCCCUGGGCCUGGCUCGGGAGCCCCCGGCAGCCAGGAGGAGGAGGAGGAGCCGGGACUGGUCGAGGGUGACCCGGGGGACGGCGCCAUUGAGGACCCGGAGCUGGAAGCGAUCAAAGCUCGAGUCAGGGAGAUGGAGGAAGAAGCCGAGAAGCUAAAGGAGCUACAGAACGAGGUAGAGAAACAGAUGAAUAUGAGUCCACCUCCAGGCAAUGCUGGCCCAGUGAUCAUGUCCAUUGAAGAGAAGAUGGAGGCUGAUGCCCGUUCCAUUUAUGUUGGCAAUGUGGACUAUGGUGCAACAGCAGAAGAGCUGGAAGCACACUUUCAUGGUUGUGGUUCAGUCAACCGUGUUACCAUACUUUGUGACAAAUUUAGUGGCCAUCCUAAAGGGUUUGCAUAUAUAGAGUUCUCAGACAAAGAGUCAGUGAGGACUUCCUUGGCCUUAGAUGAGUCCCUAUUUAGAGGAAGACAAAUCAAGGUGAUCCCAAAACGAACCAACAGACCAGGCAUCAGCACAACAGACCGGGGUUUCCCACGAGCCCGAUACCGUGCCCGGACCACCAACUACAACAGUUCCCGCUCUCGAUUCUACAGUGGUUUUAACAGCAGGCCCCGGGGUCGCGUCUACAGGGGCCGGGCUAGAGCGACAUCAUGGUAUUCCCCUUACUAAAAAAAGCGUGUAUUAGGAGGAG